AUGUCCAAGGUUUUUUUCGACUUAACUGCCAACGGCGUUCCCAAAGGACGCGUUGUUUUCCAACUUUUCGAUGAUGUCGUUCCCAAAACGGCUGAAAACUUCCGUGUCCUUACUACUGGAGAAAAGGGUGAAUCGGCCCUGGGCCAUAAGCUUUCCUACAAAGGUCUGAGUUUCCACAGAGUUAUCAAGAACUUUAUGUGCCAGGGUGGCGAUUUCACUGCUGGUAACGGAACCGGUGGCGAAUCCAUUUAUGGCGAGAAGUUCGAGGAUGAAAACUUCCAAUUGCAGCAUGACAGGCCUUUCCUUCUUUCCAUGGCCAAUGCUGGCCCAGGCACCAAUGGAUCCCAAUUCUUCAUCACCACGACGGCCACGCCGCAUUUGAACGGAAAACACGUUGUUUUCGGUGAGGUGAUCCAGGGCAAGUCUGUUGUGAGACAGUUGGAGCGUUGUGAGAAGGGUGAGAACGACAAGCCCGUGGAGGACUGGGUGAUUGCCGAUUGCGGGGAGCUUCCUAAAGACUACGUUCCUGAAACGCAGACAGUGGCUGACGACGGCACUGGCGACAUUUACGAGGCCGUUUUGGCCGACGAUGACAAGGUGGAUGUGAAGAAGCCCGAGACUGUGUUUGAGGCUGCUCGUUUCCUCAAGGAUUUGGGCACCAAGUUGCUCAAGGAGGGCCGUGUGGACAAGGCGUACGAGAAGUACAUCAAGGGCACCGAGUACCUUGCAGACUUCUUCCCUGAAGACAUGAGCCAGGAGCAGAUUGACGAGAAGAACCUGUUGAGCGUGUCGUUGUUCCUCAAUGCCUCUUUGGCUGCCACCAAGGACAAAAAGGGCAAGAACGCCGUCAAGGCUGCAGAGCAGGCAUUGCAGUUUGACGGAAUCACCGACGCUCUUCUGGCCAAGGCAUGGUACCGUAAGGGCCAGGGCUACCUUUUGGCUAAGGACGAGGACAACGCCAAGGACGCGUUUGAGGCUGCCCUCCACUUGCUGCCUGGCGACGCUGCUAUCGUCAAGGGCUUGAACGACGUCAAGGCGUUGGCCAAGGCUCGUAACGAGAAGCAGAAGAAGGCCAUGUCGAAGUUUUUCGCCUGA